AUGGAUGGUAGCGGUGAUAGCAAUGCUAAUUUGGGAUAUCAAAAGAGAGUUGAGAGUGUUAUGAAUUGUCCCUCUUCGGGAAUCAACACAAACCCCUUCUAUGUUUCUGCUUGGGAUCCAGUUGUUUCACUUAGCCAGCCUGGGAAUUUUGGUGGUUCAUCAAUGUUGUCUCAAAGUGAAUUUUCCAAUUCUCCUUUCCCAAUUGUAAUGGAAAACCCAGGAAUUAGUAACACCUCGCACCUUAUUCGCUACCCAUCUGGUUCAGGCUUUGUUGAGCUGGUGCCAAAGUUUCCUGGCUUUGGAAGUGGGAAUUUCUCAGAAAUGGUCGGCUCUCUUGGCCUGACUGAAUGUGGCCAGAUUGCUAAUGCCGGGUGCCCUCCAAAUUACAACAAGGAGGCAAACAAUGAAAGGAGCAUAGCAAAUGGUCCUCAACAUCGGGAAGAUCAGCAGUUAUCAGAAGAGGCUACCAUAGGAGCUUCACCAAAUGGAAAGAGAAGAAAACGAGUGACUGAGUCCAAGUCUCCUAUUGAUCCAAACAAGAAUGCUGAUGGAGAGGUACAACAGGAUCCUUCUGGAGAGAGUUCUGAUAUUGCAAAAGAACUGGAUGAGAAGAAACAAAAAACUGAACAAAACCCUGGUGCUAAUUUGCGGGGCAAACAGGCAGCUAAACAAACUAAAGACAGUCCUCAAAGUGGAGAAGCUCCUAAAGAGAAUUACAUUCAUGUGAGAGCCAGAAGGGGUCAAGCUACCAAUAGUCACAGCCUUGCAGAGAGGGUGAGAAGAGAAAAGAUUAGUGAGCGGAUGAGAAUGCUACAAGAACUUGUCCCAGGAUGCAAUAAGAUUACUGGAAAGGCAGUAAUGCUUGAUGAGAUUAUCAACUAUGUGCAAUCGUUGCAACAGCAAGUUGAGUUUUUGUCAAUGAAACUUGCCACUGUAAAUCCAGAACUGCCCGUUGAUGUUGAGAGGAUUCUAUCUAAAGAUGUAAGCAAGGUUUAUGUGAUCCUUCAUUCACGUGGUGGAAAUGCAGCUAUUCUAGGAUUCAGUCCUGGGAUAAACUCACAUCCUUAUUCACACGGGAUUUUUCAACCUGGUAUAUCAGUCAUUCCAAAUUCCAAUCCACAAUUUUCUCCCGCACCUCAUGUAAGUGAAGGAUCUUUGCAAAUGUUCUACAGAUACAUUGCUCACCUUCUCGUCUCCUUUCCUCCAUCUUCUCUCAUGGGUUUGUUGCCAGUUGAGAAAUUCGAGCAAGAGUUGAAAACAAACAGGAAAAGCAUUGCAAUAAAGAUGGGAGGCGAGGAGAUGAAUCGGAGUAAGGAUAAUACCUGGCCGUCUCCAAACAGACCGCCACCAUAUCAAGAAAAAUCCGAAGACAUGAAGCUUUGGGGAGUUGUCAUCUUCGGUCUAAUUGGUGCUACUGCCACCACUUACGCUGUAAAGUCAUUAGAUAUGUAUGGUGCAUAUUGGUCAGACAUCUGCGGUGGACUGUUGACGAGGUGUAUGCUCAGGUCAAAAUCAACGUGGAAAGGAGGGACUGGAACUGGCAGGUCAUUCCGGACAUAUUUUCAGGAGGAAGCGUGGAAAAAUUAUAAUCGUCGAAUGCAAGAAGCAUAUGAAGAAGAAAUGGAGAGAGUGGUGAGCUUUUGUCUUGUGAACCUAUCCUUCUAG